AUGCAGCUAAUUAAGUCAUUGAAUAUUUCUAGUGUGAGUGCUUCGAACCGUUCUAUCGGAAGGUUCGCUAGGCUCUUAUCAAAGACAACUCAACACUCAAAAGUUGUUGAAACUACUGAUGAAGCUUUAAAGGGAAUCGAAUCUAACAUCACAUUGUUAUCUGGAGGAUUUGGGCUAAGCGGUGUUCCAGAUACUGUCAUUAAUGCAUUAAAAGAAAAAUCGGAAAUUCAAAACAUCACGGCUGUAUCGAAUAACGCAGGUCUCGAUGGAAGAGGUUUAUCACAAUUGUUAGUCACUGGUCAGAUUACCAAGAUGAUUUCUUCUUAUAUCGGGGGUAAUAGAACUUUCGAAAGUUUAUAUUUAACAGGUAAAAUUGAUUUGGAACUAACACCACAGGGAAAUUUGGCAGAAAGAGUGAGAGCAGGAGCCGCAGGUAUCCCAGCUUUUUACUCUCCUGCAGGUGUUGGUACCUGGUUGGAGGAAGGUAAACUUCCAGUCAGAUAUGACGAAACUGGAACCAAAGUAUUGAAAGCUACUGAGCCAAGAGAAGUGAGAGAAUUUAAUGGACGAAAAUUCUUGUUAGAAAAUGCUAUUUUCGGAGAUGUUGCAUUAGUCAAGGCAUAUAAAGCUGAUACACUCGGGAACUGUUGGUUCAAAGGUGCUGCUAGGAACUUCAAUUCUGUCAUGGGUAGAAAUGCCAAAUUAACUAUCGUCGAAGCUGAACAUAUAGUACAACCUGGUGAAAUAUUACCAGAAGACGUUCAUUUACCAUCCAUUUAUGUUGACAGAGUUAUUCAAUCCACUACACCAAAGGAUAUUGAGAUUUUCAAAUUCUCUGAAUCUGAAGAUUCUGUUGAUAAAGCUCCUGCUUCCGAGGCUGAAUUAAAGAGACAAAAGAUCGUUAGAAGAGCUGCUCAAGAAUUUAAGGAUGGUUCAUUUGCUAACUUAGGCAUUGGUAUGCCAACUUUAGCACCAAACUACUUACCAAAAUCCAUAAACGUCACUUUACAAUCUGAAAACGGUAUCUUAGGUUUAGGUCCUUAUCCAAACAAGGGCGAAGAAGAUCCAGAUAUGAUCAACGCAGGUAAGGAAACCGUUACUGUUCAAGCUGGAUCAUCUUUAUUCGGUUCAGAAGAAUCUUUUGCCAUGAUUAGAGGUGGUAAAAUCGACUUAACUAUCUUGGGUGGUUUACAAGUCUCUGCAAAGGGUGAUUUAGCCAACUGGGGCUUACCUGGUCGUGUUAAAGGAAUGGGUGGUGCCAUGGAUUUGGUUUCCAACCCUAGCGCUACCAGAGUGGUUGUGGUCAUGGAGCAUGUCGACAAGAAGGGAAGACCAAAAAUAUUAGAAGAAUGUGCUUUCCCAUUAACCGGUAAGAGAUGUGUAUCUAGACUUAUUACUGAUUUAGCUGUCUUUGACGUUAUUGAUGAAAAAUUGGUCCUUAUCGAGUACGAUCCAUCUUCAUCUGUUGAAGAAAUUAAGGCAAAGACCGAAGCAUCUUUCGAAAUUUCCCCAAAUUUGAAACCAAUUGAAAUCGAUUUAUAG